AUGGCGGAGCUGCAGCAGCAGCUCCAGGUGCAGGAGGCGGUGGACUCCAUGGUGAAGAGUCUGGAGAGGGAAAAUAUCCGGAAGAUGCAGGGCCUUAUGUUCCGGUGCAGUGCAGCCUGUUGUGAGGAAAGCCAGGCAUCCAUGCAGCAAGUGCACCAGUGCAUUGAGCGCUGCCAUGCACCUCUGGCUCAAGCUCAGGCCCUGGUGACCAGCAAGUUGGAGAAGUUCCAGGACCGCCUGGCCUGGUGCACUAUGUAUUGCAAUGACAAGGCCAAAGGUUCGAUAGAUGCAGGGAGUAAGGAGUUUCACGUGAAGCGGCAGCUGGAGACCUGCGUGACCAAGUGUGUGGAUGACCACAUGAACCUCAUCCCAACCAUGACCAGGAAGAUGAAGGAGUCUCUCUCUUCCAUGGGGAAAUAG